AGAGGUGAUUUUCACUUUUGACAGUCAAGUAUAAUAAAAAUGUCUGAAUCAAGUGAUGAAGUGUCGAUUAGUGAUGAUCAAGUUGAAGAAGUGCAGUUUUUAAAUAAAAAGAGGAAAGUGAAACCUGAAGAUGAACCCGACGAAUUCAUCCAAGAUAAAAUCCUUACAUUCGACGAAGCAUCCAAAUGUCUUCACACUUUGGGCAAGGACGAAUCCUGCAUGCGAUAUGCUUAUUUACAAUUCACAGCGUGUGAUCAGAAGUUAACAGACAUUCGCACAUUGUUAAACUUUCGCCAUGUGAUCUAUGUGGAUGUGAGCGGAAAUUAUCUGCAGACAUCCGCGCUGCAGGUCAUCGCUGGCAUGCCAUUUUUGAUGCAAUUAUUCGCACAGAGGAAUUUUCUUGAUAGUUGCGCGUUGAAGCCCAUGUGCUACCUACAGAAUUUAUCGUUGGCUAGAAAUCGGAUUUGCGAUACAAUCGGUGUGAUUCAACCGGAACUUAGAUAUUUAAACCUCAAUUAUAAUCAAAUUUACGAAAUAAUUUUUCCAUCUGAUGAUGUCCCAAUGCUUGAAGAAUUGGAAAUGCGUGGAAAUAAUUUGUUUGAAGUUAGUGGAAAGUUCCCAGAAUCGCUGGAAAAGCUUUAUUUGGCUGAGAAUAAUUUAACACGUUUUGUAUCUGGAGAUCUCGCAAAAUUACCAAAUUUGAAAGUGCUGCAUGUGCGGAGCAACAACAUUCAGAAAUUGGAUGGAUUUACAUCACACUUAACAAGUCUCAAGUAUCUUAAUCUUCGAAAUAACAAAAUAACAAAAAUAAGACAAUUCAGAAAGCUGCAAUGCUUGCCUGCAUUAGAAACAAUUAUAUUUCUUGAAAAUCCGGUAGCAGGAAAUAUGAAUUCAAAACCAAACCAUGGGGAAGAAGAUGAGAAAGAUGAAGAUGACGAUGAUGAGGAAUUGGGUGAAGACCAGGAAGAAAUUGAUCCCAAUAGAGUGUCAAUUCUUGCAUUACUACCCAAUUUGAAAAGGAUAAAUAAAGUUUUGGUGACUUUUAUUGAACGAGAACAAGCUUGUUUGAACAAAGAAAAAAUUAUUGCAGAAGUCAUGGAUGUAGAAAGUAGUGAUGAUGAAGGUGAGCCACCAUCAACGUUUACAGAUUUAAAAGCAACUGAUAAAAACACCGAACAUUCUGAACACGUUGUUACUGAAAAUACCCCUGAAGAAACUUCUUAUCUUGGUGAUUAA